AUUUUUUUAAGGUUUCAAUCUCAGCAUCACCAACAAUAAGAGUUUUCAGAUCUGUUUCGUUCAAGGAAGAAGGCGUUUGUUUAUUCAGAGAUCUUGAUUUUUUUCCAGUAUCAACAAAAUAGUCAUGAGUACUUCCGGUAGUUCGAUAAAAAUCGUGUGGAAGAUCGAAAACUUAUCUAGUUUGAGUGAUAUCACUGAUAUGGCACAUUACUCUCAAGCUUUCUAUAGGUGGGGUGUUUACUGGCAAUUGGGUAUUGAACUUACAAGAUUGCAGCAUGGAACUUACGAAUCAUCUAGAGGCGAGGUUACAACAAGGAAUGAAACACGACGUGUAAUAGGCCUUUCCACUUUGGACAAGAGACGGUUGUACGUCAAGUAUAGUUUGGCCAUUGUCAAUCAAAAAUGUGAAGAGCAAACAAGAAGAUACGAUAUGGAACGUGAAAUAUGGACAGAGAAUUUCACGUUGUAUGAAGCAGUGAAUCUUACAGAACUACUUGAUCCCGGAAAAGGAUUUAUCAUUGAUGAUAUUUGCUAUAUUAAAGUAGAGAUCUUUUCUGCUUUGAAUAUACUAAAAUCCAUUAGGGUAAAGCCAGAGACAGAACCAGAGCCAGCUUGGGGCAAUUGGGGUAACUUUUUUCAGGCACUCAUUGGCGCUGUAAUUCCCUCGGGUGAUGAGGUCACUCAGAACGAAGAAACAACAGAUUCUAGAGAAAAGGAGGACAUUCCUGGUUCAGUAGAGACAACUACACAAGCUGCAGGUGGUUCAAAGUCAGCAUCGGAUAAGAACCCAGGAGAAAAUCAAAAUACAGAAACAAAAGAUGAAGAAAGAAGCUUGUCACUUUCUAGGUUGUUUCAAGAACAAAAACAGGAUAUUGGAAAUUACUUUAAUGAUGAUAGCGGCUAUCAAAGGCUUCAGUAACACUAGCUCAAAUAGAAAUGCAGUACUGAGUAACUUCAUGCUUGAGACUCUUUAUCUUAGCCUACACUUAAAUCUCCAUAUUUGUGUUAGUUAUUUGAUUUUUGUUAAGUAAACUGAAUUUACAAAUACUUAUAGAAAUAGA